UGACUCUUCAAUUAUUUGAUUUAAUCGACGGAUCCGUAGAAGAGAAUCACACAAAGGCCAUGUUGUGUUUACCAAAGAUUUGCUCGGAAGUCAUUGAGCAGCAUAACAAACGACCCGAUGGCUUCACGGACCGUUUUAAAUUGAAUUGAUUUGUUUAUGCUGCGUAAAAAAGAAGUGUAAAUAUAUCAAAACUUUCUUGUGCUCUAAACCCAUGCAGUCUCUGAGCAGCAAACACAUUGCAUCUUAUUUGCAUUACGUUAUUGGACAUUUUGUAAUUUCAGGCUGUCUUUAAAAAAAUCUGGUCUCGGACAGCAGAUGAAAAUUAGCUUCUGGCUCACUUAGUUUAAUUUGCAUUAUCCCUGUAAAAAAAAUACAAAUAAAUAAGCAGAAAACAGAAACAGAUGGAAUAAUUAAAUAAAACAAAUAUGACAUCAAAUAAUCCUAUUUGUAGAUAUAUACAAUGUCUAUUUUACAAACAUUUAUUUUUUGGCUACAGCAGCAUGGAUGCAUAAAAGAAAUAUAAAAAUCCACAAUGUGUACAAAAAACAAACAGUGUCUAAUUGCAUUGUGUAAAUAAGCAGACAACAGAAACAUGAAACAAUUAAAUAAAACAAAUAAGACAUAAAAUAAUCCUAUUUGUAGAUAUGUACAAUGUCUAUUCUACAAACAUUUAUUUUUCGGCUACAGCAGCAUCGAUGCAUAAAAGAAAUAUAAAAAUCCACAAUGUGUACAAAAAACAAACAAGUGUCUGAUUGCAUUGUGCUAAAUAAAUAAUAUAAUAUUUAUCAUUAACCCUCCUGUUACCUUCACAUUUACUAACAUCUUAUUACCCUUGGGGUCAAUUUCUCCCCAGAAAUUAAAACCUCCAGAACAUUAUUUGAAUUAAUAUUGUUUCCCAAGUUUAAGUGUGAGGUACUUUAUUUUUGUUUGUUGACUACCUAAAUAUCCCUUUAAAUAAAUAAAAAAGUUGAUAUUUCUUAUAUGUUUUACAAAUUGGCCCCAAAGAACACCGAUGCAUACAAGUUGUGUACAGGACAUUGAAAACAUAUGUGAAUUGUAUGUUUUAUUUCCAGGAAAAGUCGUGAAAUAUAAAGCAAAAUUAAUGAUGUAAAUUAUUUUUUUUGAGACGUUAAACAUUGAAUGGGGUCAAAUUGACCCCAAAGGUAAUAGGAGGGUUAAAAAAAGAUAUUCCUAGAAAGUAUUUUCAAUGAAAACACUUGUAGAGGUGCCGUAUAUGUAGUUGCUUCGAACGUCCACCAGAGGGCGCGAAGGCCCCGCAGCCAGGAGGAGGAGGUCCGUGAAGAUCCUCCAGCUCCAGCGCCGAGCCGAGCCGUCCUGGUCCAGUCUGUCCGGGUCUCUCUGCCGCAUUCUUCAGGGGAGGAGGACGGAGGACGGGGGGCAUGAGUAGUUACCCACCCGAUUGUCCGUGGGCGUGAGAACGGGAGCGACCGAGCGAUGUCUGCGCCGGGAUUCACGAACCUCAACAGCUCCAUCGGCUACGGACAGAACCCGGCGACCCCCCACCGGAACGGUCCAGCACAGACCUACCAACCCAUGCAUCCACCCACAGGCUGCUAUGGAGCUCCACCUCAACAACAGAGCUACCCCACCACCCCUGCCCACCCGGAUCCUGCUCCCAGCAAAGCACCCAACACGAACAGCGCCCACAGUGCUGACUACUACCACGGCAACCAUCACCAGCAGCACCAGCAGCAGCACCAGCUCUCCCAGCACCAUGUAGCACCCUCCCCAUACUCUGCUCCUCCUUCACAGACGUAUGCCGCCCUCCCUUCUUCAGCACCAUCACCAUCACCAUCACCAUCAAAUGCCCACUACAGCCAACAGCCAUUGCAGCAGCAGCCGCCGUACGCUCCCCCGGGAUCCUACUACGGGCCGCAGUCGUACCACGCUCCCCCGGCACAGCGUUCCCAACAGCAGCCCGGUCUGGUGCCCGCGCCGGCCGUCGGCCCCGGGGCGCCCGUCUACCCGAUCGUUUCCUACCCGUCUGCGCCAGGGAGUAGCCAGUUUGGCACGCUGAGCUCCUCCCAGAGCGCCACGCCGCACGGAGCCACGCCCACCCAGAUGGGGGCCCCCUUACAUCAGUACGGCGCCUCAGCAGCAGUGCAUCCUGGGUACGGCGUGGCGCCGCCGGGUCAGCUGGAGCCGACCGUCAACGGUCAAGGAGGCGCGGGCCACCAACACUACGACCAAAGCCACCCGGCGCCUCUGAGCUACGACUCCUGCGGCGGGGUCGUCCACGGCGACGCGGACCACCCGCCCUCGGGAACCCCUUCGGUCCAUUCCUCACCGGGCCAUCGCCAAGGCAUGCAGUAUGGAUAUGUUGCCAAUAGUGGAGCUAGCUCUGCCUCUGCCGCCGCCUCAGGCCCGGCCGCCGCCCCCUCGUCAUCCAGCUCUGAGGAUGAUGAUGAUGAGGAGGAUGAGGAAGCAGGUGGAGACUCCUCCUCCUCCAGCACCGGCAGCGCCUCCCCGCCGCCCAGCAGCUACGACAACCUGGAGGGCGGCAGCUACCCAGAUUCCAUGCCGCCGUCCAACCACAUGACCAACCAGGCCGCGCCCUACGGUAGCUAUGGUUACCCCGGUAUGCCGCCGGCCAACCACCAGGGACCGGCCUCCGUCACAGACUCCUCCCCCUCUCGUGACCCAUACGGCCAGCCAAGCUACCAGCAGUACUCCCAGCCGUUCCCCAACAUGUCCCAGCUGUCCGCGGCCCUGGGGGGCCUGAGCGGCGUCCCGGAGCUGGAGGUGGCGGCCUUGAGGCCGGUGAACCUGCUCCAGGAGAGGAGCCUGCUGCCCCCCCGGCCCCUCGAGGCCCCCGAGCCCAACCUCAGCCCCGACCUCCGGAAGGUCAACUGUUGCCCUCAGUCCUUCAGGUGUACCCUGACCAGCAUUCCUCAGACCCAGGCUCUACUCACCAAGGCCAGACUCCCUCUGGGCCUCCUCCUCCACCCCUUCAGAGACCUACAGUUACCGGUGAUCACGUCGAACACCAUCGUGCGCUGUCGCUCCUGUCGCACCUACAUCAACCCGUUUGUCACCUUCCUGGACCAGCGCCGGUGGAAGUGCAACCUCUGUUACCGGGUCAACGACGUUCCGGAUGAGUUCAUGUACAAUCCGGUCACCCGGUCGUACGGCGAGCCCCAAAAGAGGCCCGAGGUCCAAAACGCCACCGUGGAGUUCAUCGCCUCCUCGGACUACAUGUUGCGGCCCCCUCAGCCUGCGGCCUACCUGUUUGUUCUGGACGUGUCUCACAAUGCCGUGGAGGCGGGUUACCUAAAGUACUUCUGUGAAUCACUUAUGGACAACCUGGACAAGUUGCCGGGCGACACCCGCACCAGGGUGGGCUUCCUCACCUUCGACAACACCAUCCACUUCUACAACCUGCAGGAGGGGCUGUCGCAGCCGCAGAUGCUGGUGGUGUCGGACAUAGACGACAUCUUCAUCCCGUCUCACGACAGUCUGAUGGUGAACCUGAAGGAAAGCAAAGCGCUGGUGAAGGACCUGCUGACGUCUCUGCCGGGCAUGUUCAGCGAGAGCAGGGAGACCCACAGCGCCUUGGGCCCGGCGCUGCAGGCCGCCUUCAAGCUCAUGUCGCCCACCGGGGGGCGCGUCACCGUAUUCCAGACGCAGCUGCCGACCAUCGGGGCCGGAGCGCUGCAGUCGAGGGAAGACCCCAACCAGCGCUCCAGCACCAAGGGGGUGCAGCACCUCGGCCCCGCCACAGACUUCUACAAGAAGCUGGCCCUGGACUGCUCGGGGCAGCAGAUCGGGGUGGACCUGUUCCUGCUCAGCUCCCAGUACACGGACCUGGCUUCACUGUCAUGCAUCUCCAAGUACUCGGCCGGCAGCAUCUUCUACUACCCCUCCUUCCACUACGCCCACAACCCCACUCAACUGGAGAAGUUCCAGAAGGAUCUGGAGCGCUACCUCACCCGGAAGAUCGGCUUCGAGGCCGUCAUGAGGAUACGCUGCACUAAAGGUUUAUCCAUCCACACGUUCCACGGUAACUUCUUCGUGCGCUCCACCGACCUGCUGUCCCUGGCCAACGUGAACCCCGACUCCGCCUUCGCCGUCCAGAUGUCCAUCGACGACUCUCUGGCGGACUCGUCUCUGGCCUGCUUCCAGGCCGCGCUGCUCUACACCUCCAGUAAAGGAAAACGACGGAUCCGGGUCCACACCUUGUGUCUGCCGGUGGUCAACCAGCUGAGCGACGUGUACGCCGGCGCCGACGUUCAGGCCAUCACGUGUCUGCUCGCCGACAUGGCCAUCGACCGCUCCGUCACGUCCAGCCUGUCGGACGCUCGCGACGCCCUGACCAACGCGGCGGUGGACCUGAUGAGCGCCUACAAGAGCAACGUGUCCAACCUGCAGCAGCAGUCCGGCCUCGUGGUCGCCGCCUCCUUGCGCCUCUUCCCCGUCUACAUCCUCGCGCUGCUCAAACAGAAAGCCUUGCGGACGGGCACCAGCACGCGGCUGGACGAGCGCGUCUUCGCCAUGUGCGAGUUCAAGACGCAGCCGCUGCAGCAGCUGAUGCGGAUGGUCCACCCCGACCUGUACCGGCUGGACGACAUGUCGGACCAGGGGGCGCUGCAUCUGAACGACACCGUGGUUCCCCAGCCUCACCUGCUCCACCUGUCGGCUGAGCGGGUGACCAGGGACGGAGCGUUCCUCCUGGACUGCGGCAACGUGUUUUACCUGUGGAUCGGCAAAUCCUGCGACCACUUGUUCAUCCAGGACGUCCUGGGCUGCGGCGACUACGCCUCCAUCCCCAACGACAUGAGUCACAUUCCCGAGCUGGAGACGCUCCCGUCCGAGAGGGUGCGAGCGUUCCUCGACUGGCUGCAGGACAAACGGGCGUUCAGCGCCACGCUGCACGUCAUGAAGGACAACUCUCCGUCCAAAGCUACGUUCUUCCAGUACCUGGUGGAGGACCGGACCGAGGGGCCUUAUUCCUACAAUGAGUUCCUGCAUCACAUCCAGCAGCAGAUGUCCUCGUAGAGACGCUCCGGACGCUCGGACCCGAGAGAGAGAGAGACUAGCGUUAGAGAUGACGGACGCCCAUCUCCCUGACCGGUUUCAGACCGGUCUCGUUUUAACAGCUCCGCCCCCUCCGAGCUCAUCGGCCAGUCGGGAUGUGACCACUAGAAAAGGGGGGAGGAGGGUGAUAGUCGUAGAAAAGAAUAAAUAAAUGAGGGAACUUCUAGAUUUAAUCAUGUGGCUCCUCGCCGUCGCCCCUCGGUUUAGCUUCUCGUCCUCCGCGUCGCCCCCUGGAGGUCAAACGGGGGAAAGUCGAGCCGCAACACGUCUGUUUAGUUUGAGUUGUUUUCCCCGUGAGCCUCACCCGUAGCUUAGUGCUGUCGUUUUCUUCUUUUUUCUUCUUUUUUGAGUGUUAUUCUUUUUAUAAUUUAUUUUCCCCUCCUCGCGGUUUUAUUUUAGGACCCGUUUUGAAUACACUGGAGAACCAAGCGUUCCUUCUGUUGUUGUUGUCGUUUUUGUUAUUGUUUUUCCAGCAUGAAAUACGAAACGCAUGUCACCGUUUUGUUCGCUGCUAGUCUGAGACGUGGACGACGACUGUCCGCGUGGCGGGAAUUAUGGAUUGGACAGUGGUUGGAUGUUAAGCCCCGCCCCCUUCCCCUCCUCUUAUUGGCUCCCUCUGCUCCGCCUGUGUCGUCCAGAUCAAACUCCUCCCCCUCAAUGUCAGCGCUCGACUUUUUAGAUUUUCUUUUUGUUUGUGUUAUUUUUCUUUCUUCCAGGCGAUGACAUGAAGUUGCUCUCUCCACUUUGUAACUAUUGAAAAAUAAAAUCUUUUAUGUCCGAUAAUUUAUGAACCAGCUUAUUAAAUAAAAGACAAAAACAGAG